GGGUUUCCAAUGCCAAGCUUAGUCGAGGAAGCCGAGGCGGAGUUCCAGCGGCUGCGCCAAGAAGACAACGUGCACUCCGUCAUUAGGCUUCACACCAGCGACUACGACUUCUUCACGGAGGAGGUGCAAUCCAUCGUACCCAUUCACGUCAUCGAAGCCCGGAGACAGGAAAAGCGCCGCCACGGCGUGGUCGAUGCAAGCGCAACGCCGCUUGACUUUCUCAAAUCGAUCGGAGUGGACCCGUCCGACACGCGCGACCCGACUAACGGCCGCAGCACCCUGCAGAUAGAACCGUCUUCUCGGGCCUACUACGGCGACCCAGAAGCGGACGCCUACCGUGCCUACCGAACGCAAAUGCUACACUUCGCGGAGGAUGAGCAGUGGCUGAAGGAGAAGACGUUUGCGGAAGGGCAGACGGUGUACGAUCGAGAGCGGCUGAGCUACGUUGAACGCGGGCGCGAGCAGCCAGCUUGUGGUCUCACGGAGCCGAUAACGGGGUUCAAGAAGGCUUUCUUUGAGCGGCAACGGGAAAACAAGCGUCAACCGUCAGUGUGUGGUUCCGCAGAGCCAGUUACGAGCUCUGAACACGCUUCGUUUGAGCGGAAUCCGCAAGACACACGCGAACAACCGGAGCGCGAUCCCACAGCGACGGUUGCGGGCUAUGAAAACGUUUCUUUUACAAGAAGACGGAAAAGCACCAAACCGCGUCUGACGCGCCGUGUAGGAGAACAUGAAAUGGUGGAACAGACAAUUCGCUUUAUAUAUUUAUGA